AUGGCAAACAAGAGAAAAAGAUGGGAAGGUCAAGGAGAUCAAGGAAACAGUGAAGAAGGGAACAUUGAAUUGGAGCAACUAAGGGAAGAAGCAGCAUCAAUGGCUGCUGAUAUACUCGUUGCUAGAAGAGCUAAGAAACGUUACAUUGGUGUACGCCAAAGACCCUCAGGGAGAUGGGUGUCUGAAAUCAAAGACACCAUACAGAACAUUAGGUUAUGGUUAGGCACUUAUGACACUGCUGAAGAUGCUGCUAGGGCUUAUGAUGAGGCCGCGCGCUUGCUUCGUGGCGCCAACACUCGCACGAACUUCUUUUCUUCACAAUCUUCUCCUAAUUCUGUUCCUGCUCUUCCUCUAAAGAUUGCCAAACUUCUCCUUCUUAGGCUCAAAGCUAGAAACAUGGCCUCUUCAUGUGUGGUUACCCCUUUUCCUAGUAACCACUAUGAACCCGAACCCGAGUCACAUUUUUAUCAUCAAAUAGAAGAAUCCUAUUAUGGGAAUUCUUUAGAUAUGGUAGGAAAUGGGAUUGUUGAACAAAAUUAUUAUUGUGCUAGUUAUAGUUCUUCUGCCAUAAUAACUACUUGUGACUUUAGUUGUGGUACUAAUGAAGAAAAUUCUAACCUAGAGGGUAGUAGUAGGGAGGAUUCAAGAUUAGGGUAUCAUUGUGAUGACAAUGUUUAUGAUCAAAACAACCAGAUUGUGAGUGGUAAAGAGUUUGAAGACUGUGAUGCUGGGAUUAGAGAUCUUCAGUUUUUGGACACUGCUGGAUCAUUGAGUUGCUUUUUUUCUCCUUUUGAGAUAGCAGAAGAGAUGGUGGGAUCAAUAGAGGAAGAAGAGAAAUAUCGUGUUGAUGAUUCACCAUUAGGUAGAGAAUCUUUCAGGAUGAAGUAUGAACGUAAAUUCUCAGCUUGUCUUUACACCCUAAUUGGGGUGUCUGAGUGUUUGAGCCUACAAGUUGGACCAGGAAAUGGAAAGGAAUUGGAAAAAAAAAUUGAGGAUGGAAAAUAG